UACAUGUACAGUAGCCCGACACAGUCACACAUUCAACACUGACUUGCAGGGACUUGACUGUCUUCGUUGAGCGAAGCGUAUACGGUAUAGUGCGAAGAGAUGGUGAAGAAGGGUCUACUAGAGCGUCUGGCUGAGGGUCCGGUGGUGGGGGACGGCAGUUAUGUGUUUAACCUGGAGAAGCGUGGUUACGUCAUGGCCGGCCAGUGGACACCGGAGGUCGUCAUAGAACAUCCAGAGGCGGUGAAACAGCUACACCGAGAGUUUCUCCGCGCAGGCGCAGACAUCCUCCAAGCUUACACGUUCUUUGCGUCAGACGACAAGUUGAACCUACCCGGACACGCUGCCGGAAAAAUCACCACGUGUAAAGAGCUGAACGAGCGGGCCAUCGACAUCGUGCGGGAUGUGGCCGGGGACGCGGACGUGCUCAUCUCGGGAGGGGUGACCAUGACCCCGUCCUACAAGCAGGGCAAAGGGAAGGACGCCGUGCAGGCAGAGUACCGCAAACACGUGGAGGUCUUCAUGGAGAAAGACGUGGACUUUAUACUGGCUGAAUUUAUCAAUCACGUUGAGGAGGCAGAGUGGGCCAUUGAAGUGCUGAAGUCCACGGGAAAGCCUGUGGCCUGUACCAUGUGUAUCGGACCCACAGGGGACUUCAAGGACGUGCCGGCAGGGGAGUGCGCCGUCAGGAUGGCCAGAGCCGGCGCAGACGUGGUGGGUCUGAAUUGCCAGUUUGACCCCAACACGGGCCUGAAGACCAUGGCGCUGAUGAAGGCAGCCCUGGAGAAGGAGGGCCUGUCUCCCUUCCUCAUGCUCCAGCCGCUCGGCUUCCACUGUCCGGAGGUGGAGAACGAGCAUCCAGGAUACGCCAUGCUACCGGAGUGCCCUUUCGCUUUAGAGCCCCGCCUGCUGACUCGGUACGACGCUAACCGAUACGCGCGCGCCGCCUAUGAGCUGGGGGUGAGGUACAUCGGCGGCUGCUGCGGGUUUGAACCACACCACAUCAGGGCUAUAUCUGAAGAGCUGUCCCCUGAGCGAGGUGGGAAGCUGGGGGAGGCGAGCUCCAAGCACAUCCCCUGGGGGGAGGCCCUGAAGACCAGCACCUUCCUGCAGAACAGGAUGAAGGCCAACCAGGAACACUGGAAAUCCGUCAAGCCGGCAUCAGGCCGCCCGGGGCACCCCGCACUCCAACCCAAGCUCAUGGGGCAGUGACGUACACAGGAGUUCUAUCAACCAUGAUGGCCGACAUCCGUGUCAACAUUGUUCUUUAGGGAACGUUUACCACAGAUGUAUCAGAUAUAAUGUGUGGCGUACUUAAAGUAAAGUAGAAACCAUACGAACAAACAUUACUAACACUCUAAAUGCACCCGCCUUGAGUCCUUUGCAGAC